GCCAUUUUAUAUUUUACCGCGUUGUUGAAAAGUCCUCGACGCUUUUGGUUGUAAUGUCAUUUAGACAGCUGUCAUUUAAUGUCAUUUUACUGGUGAAAAACACAAAUAAAUUGCGUGCAUAAUUUCAUUUUCAUUAAUUUUGUUAUGAAAAAUCGGAUUGUACGAUAGUUAAAACUAUUAUUUAACAUUAAAUAUUUGUGCACCGUGAAUGGUUGCAGACGGCAUCACUUUCGUUUGUUCGUAUCGCAAACCGAAUCAUUCAACUCCAGUUUGGAUUGCAACCAAAUUUAUUCGGCCAUUUUAAGUGAUUUUAAAAGGCAAAAGAACGCUCGUUGUCUCAACUAGCUGAACAAAUUGAUGAGAAAAUAGCGAAAGAAAGGCCCAAUAAUUCGGUAUCGACGAUAAAACAGAACCAUUUCCAUAAUGGACACGCCAAAUCGGAAAGAUAUACGCGACAUGGCUCGCGAAGCCCAGUUUCAAACUCAACUUUUAACUCAACAAGCGCGUCACAGAUUUCCAAGCACAUCAAGCACCGAAGAAUCCGGAUCGGAAGUUGGUGGAGAAAUUAUUCAAACAGAAGACAUUAUAAUGGAAAUGGAUACACUUGAUGAAAGUCUCAACAGUAGUUCAUCGUCGGCUAUACGCAAAAAGCGCGGCAAUCUGCCAACUCAUUCGGUGAAAAUAUUGAAACGAUGGCUGUACGAACAUCGAUACAAUGCAUAUCCCAGCGAUGCCGAAAAAUUGAUGCUUUCGCAGGAAGCCAACCUGACAGUGCUUCAGGUUUGCAAUUGGUUUAUCAACGCUCGUCGUAGAAUUCUACCGGACAUGAUUCGUCGCGAGGGAAACGAUCCAAUGCACUACACAAUCUCACGUCGCGGUAAGAAGAUGGCUAAUUCGCAGUUAAAUUUGUCCGGUAUCGGUUUGGUGAACGCAAUGGGUGAUAGUCCGGUAUCGGAAGUGAUUGUCGGAGCUACCGAAGAAGUAGAAGAUAUUGAAGGCGAAGAAAUUGCCGAAAUACAAGAAGUUGAUGAAGAAGAAUUGGAACUGCACGAUGGUGUAGCCACAACGCUGUCUCAAUUAGGUCAUAAUUUUGUUCGAAUGGAUGGCGGAAAUAUUGUCAAAAUCGAACAUGACAUGGAAUACGACGACAACAUUAUUUACCGAUCCGACGAGGAAAGUGGCAAUGAAUACGAAGAAGAAGAGGUUUCCUUGAAACAGGAAAUCCAAGAAGAUGAUUCGAACAGUGGCUGGCAAGAAGUUAUCAGUAGCGAAGAAGUGGAAACAAGUCCUGUGGUGGAGUACAUUAGUGCGCCUCAUCCGCAACUUGCCCAUUUACCUCAACUUCCUCAUCCGCUCAGCGUUACUGUGAAAACGGUAAAAGCCGUCCCAAUAGGUUUAUCUCGUGUUCAAGUGAUGCCAGCACGACCAUCACCCAUACUUCAGCAGCAAAGAUCAAGCGAUUCGAAUUCAUCGAAUAAUAAUACAAAGUCGCCGGCACCAUCAUCGACAACCGCUCAGACAGCGACGGUUGCUGGCCAUGGACACCUUGUUAAAGGUAUAAUCCGCGACGACAAAGACAAAUUCAAAUGCCUAUACUUGCUUGUGGAGACGGCGGUAGCAGUUCGUCAAAGAGAAAAAGAACAAGAAGACGUUCAAGUUCUUGGUAAUUAAAAAAAAAAGAAAAUUCUCAAAACGAAAAACAAACAAAAUGCGAGUUGAAAUAAAUUAUUCAACGGAAUGAUGUUGUCAAAGUAAAAAAACAAACAAAAGAAUACCUAAAACAAACAUUGAGCUAGCAUUUAAGGGUGAUACAAGUCUACGAAAUGCGGAGAGAAAAUAGGAAACGAAUAUUAUAUUUCGAGUAAGAGAAAAUCAAAACAACAAACAAAUGAAAGAUAAUAAGUUUCCUAAAACAAAAAAAUUAAAAAUUAGUUACAAAGCGAUGUGACUGUGCAAAUUAAAAACUGUGAAUAGAAUUAUUUGUAAAUAACUACAAGAAACUUUUUAAUUUCAUUAAAUUAAUGAAAUGUCUUGAGUUUUUCUUUUCAAAUUUUAAAUUUUGUCUAAAAAAAAAAACUAAAUA